AUGAAAAGAAAGUAUGAAGGGAAUGCAAGGAUCAAAAGAUCUCAUCUUCAAGCUUUUCGUAGAGAAUUUGAAACUCUUGAGAUGAGGUCUGAAGAAAGAGUAACAAAGUACUUUUCCAAGGUCAUGACAGUGGCAAACAAGAUGCGUACUUAUGGAGAGGAUAUGCAGGAUGUGAAAGUGGUAGAGAAAAUUCUACGCUCUUUAGAUGAAAAGUUUAACUAUGUUGUAUGUUCUAUUGAGGAAUCGAAGGAUAUUGACACCCUCACUAUUGAUGAGUUACAAAGUUCAUUAAUAGUACAUGAACAAAAAUUUCAGAGGUGCAAUGGUGAGGAACAGGCCUUGAAGGUGACAUAUGAAGGAAUAAAAGGUCGUGGUCGUGGUCGUGGUGCCUAUAAAGGAAGGGGAAGAGGGAGAGGUUGA